AUGUCGUCCCCCACUCGAAGCAGAGCCUCUUCUGUAUCCAACAAACUCCUCAAUGCCUAUCAACUUGGCGAUUCCCUCGGUAAAGGCGCGUUCGGACAAGUAUACCGCGCUCUAAAUUGGGCAACCGGAGAGACCGUUGCUAUCAAAGAGAUACAACUGAGCAACAUCCCAAGGAGUGAGAUUGGUCAGAUCAUGUCCGAGAUCGAUUUGCUCAAGAACUUGAACCAUCCAAACAUUGUCAAGUACAAAGGGUUCGAGAAGACGCAGCAGUACCUGUAUAUUAUUCUGGAAUUCUGCGAGAAUGGAUCACUUCACAAUAUAUGCAAGAAGUUCGGGAAGUUUCCCGAGACUCUCGUGGGGGUCUAUAUAUCGCAAGUCUUGGAAGGGCUCGUGUAUCUUCACGACCAGGGAGUGAUCCAUCGCGACAUCAAAGGCGCGAAUAUUCUCACCAAUAAGGAUGGCUGUGUCAAGUUGGCAGACUUCGGUGUGGCUAGUAGCACAGCCACAGGCGCCGUCCGCGACGAUGCAGUGGUUGGCAGUCCAUACUGGAUGGCGCCUGAAGUCAUCGAGCAGUCAGGAGCUACGACUGCCUCUGACAUAUGGAGCGUAGGUUGUACCGUUAUUGAACUCUUGGAAGGGAAGCCUCCAUAUCACUUUCUUGACCCGAUGCCUGCGCUGUUCCGCAUUGUCCAAGACGAUUCUCCACCAAUUCCGGAGGGCGCGUCGCCUAUCGUGAAGGACUUCCUGUAUCAUUGUUUCCAGAAAGACUGCAAUCUCCGCAUCUCUGCCAAGAAGCUACUGCGACACCCAUGGAUGGUGGCGGCGCGGAAGCAGAUGGCCAGUCACCAGGACCGACAAGGAAAUGAGGGGAAGAAGAGCGGGGAAGCAGAGAGAAGGCCUCUAAGCAACUACAACUAUGACGAGGCUGUCUUGAAGGUACAAGAAUGGAACGAGGCAUUGAAAUCUCCCUCACGACCCUCACGAAACCCAGAACGGCACCGUACUUCCAUCACUGAUGCUCCACCGCAUUCGCCCAUCCCGUCCCCGAUCAAUAUGCCCAGUUCCAUGCAGCCUAUGAGCUCGAGUAACUCGCAACCCUCCGUCAACGCUGCUCGUAAAACAGGACCUGUGCCGAACGGUAAAAUUUCGGUGGCUGCAGCUCCACUGGGACUCAUUCGCGAGACGUUACCUAUGCCUUUCGUUUUGCAAGUCCCCGAGGAACAGACGGACAACUGGGAUGAUGACUUCGAAGAAGGUCCGUCGUUGACGAAAUUGCAAGCUUUGGAGAAGACGUCUGCUGAAGAUGAGAAGGUGGAGGCGGACGACAAUGCCCGGACCAUUCGACCCACUCGCAGCCCCCAGGGCCCUGGCGUAGUUCCUUUGCCGUUAGUAUCAUUACCAGCCCUUGCAACCCUUGGUCCCGAUAUAGAGGAUUACUCCGAUCUCGCCGUAGGUGAAGACGAUGCCAAGCUGGAAGAGAAAGUGGCAGAUUUCAAGCUGAAGAACUCCUUCCGUCGAGGUCUCUUCCAUCCGAAUGAUAUCAAGACCUUUGCCCUGUCGGCACCUCCAUCCCCGGGACCGAAGACUGCGCCAUUGCCGACUCUCUCUCACAGGUCUUCGCGCCCUGCACUCAGCCCCAUAUCCGCAGCCAUUCCCCCUCCCUCCCGUACCCACACCCGGUCGACGUCCUUCAUUGGACCCAGCACUGGGUCGUUUGGGCGCACAGAGUCGCGGCGGUACCCUAGUCAGCCCGAGUUCGGUAAGUAUGCGGAAGACGAUGACGAAGACUACGAGGAUGUCUUUGGGAAAGUGAAUGGUGCAUCUUCGCAACCUAUGCAGACUCUCCAGCUCAAUACACGUCUGUCCAACAAGUCCUGGCGCGGCGACGACGAUGACGAGGAGGAUCCUUUCGCUGAGAUCGACGAGGGUUUCGAUGAGGAUGACCUUGAGUCAAAUCUUCAGCGUGACAAGUACGCACGUUUGUGCAAUGCCGUCACGCAGCUCAUCGAUGAGCUUACACCCUCGGCACCUGACUUCCAGCUGCGAGAUGCAUGCGACCAGAUUCUCAACAUUAUCAUCGACACGCCGGAGAUGCAAUCACAGUUGGUUUCUGCGCACGGAAUGUUGGCUAUCCUGGAAGUUCUCGAAGGUAGAUCAUCUCGAGAUGUCAUUCUGAAGCUUUUGCAGAUUGUCAAUGCGCUCGUAACAGCCGACAUGGGCUUCUUAGAAAGUUUCUGCUUGAUCGGUGGCAUUCCUGUCAUUAUGGGCUUUACAUCGAAGAAGUAUCCACCUGAGUGCCGUUUGGAAGCUUCAAAUUUCAUCCGCCUCCUGUGCCAUUCGUCCGUAUUGACACUGCAGAUGUUCAUUGCUUGUCGAGGUCUGAAAGUUCUGGUUGACUUGCUGGAUGAAGACUACACCGAGCAAGCGGACCUUGUCAUCCACGCGUUGAAUGGAAUCUGCAGCGUCUUCGAGUUGCAAAGUCCGACAACGAAGAACGACUUUUGCCGGAUGUUCAUCCGCGAAGGGCUGCUCGAUCCAUUGUCUUCAGCACUCCUCAAUGUCAUGGCCGGCCGCGGCGAGGAUGCUGCGGACAUGAACAGCAAGAUCAUCCAAAUCAUCCUUGUAUUCUGUCAGGUGUCGCAGUCGGAUAUCCAUGUACGGAAUGCUCUUGGAACUCGGAAGGUUGUGCGACGCCUGCUAAGAGCGUGCGAGCUUCUCGAGCCGCAAUAUUUGGUGUUGAUGCUCAAGGCUCUCAAACAUCUGUCCAUGAAUGCGAAUCUUUUGGAGGUUUUGCAGAACGCAAAUGCCAUCGAGAUUCUCGUGAAGAUCUUGGACGAACAGAGUUCAGGACCGUAUGGCACGGAAAUGUCAAAUCACAUUUUCCAGACUUGCUACAACCUGUGUCGACUGAACAAGUCCAGGCAGGAAGAAGCUGCGCAAGCCGGUAUCAUUCCAAGCCUGAAACGAGUCAUCAAGUCGAAGUCACACCUCAGGCAGUUUGCGUUACCGAUCCUCUGCGAUUUUGCAGGUGCUGGGAAGAGCUGUCGGACGCUGCUGUGGCAGCACGAUGGUUUGGCGCUGUAUCUGGACUUGUUGGACGACCCAUAUUUCCAAGUCAGCGCGCUGGAGUCCAUCCUGUCCUGGUUGCAGGAAGAGACAGCGAGGAUCGAAGACCAACUCAUGAAGCCAGAGGCGCUCGGAGCCCUCCUCCGUUGUUUCGUCUCCGCCAAAUCUAAUUCCUUCGAGAACCUCCUAGAGCCCCUCCUGAAGAUCUGCCGUCUCUCCACCGCAAUCACCAUCGGCAUCGCGAAGUCGCAGUUCUUCAAGCGCCUAAUCGACAAGUUGUCACACAGCAAGGCCGUCGUGCGGCUCAAUCUUCUUCGUAUCCUGCGCGCCGUGUGUGAGGUACACCCGAACCGCGCGAUGCUUGUAGAGCGUUACGGCAUAUACGACAUCGUCCUCAAACUCAGCAAGCAGGACGGUGCGGUGCUCGUUCGCGGGCUCGCCGGGGAGAUCGUGCCGGCGCUGGCUCCUGCGCUCAAGCCUGCGUCGCACAGGUCCACGCGCAACCCAGAUACUCCGAAAUCGUCGAAGGGCCUCAUCGCACCGAAGAAGAUGCGUCGCGCUGCGUCGGAGUCCUUGGCGGGCAGCCCCGCUGGUGCUUCCACUAGUGGCAUUAAUCUCCGUGCUGCCACGCGGAGGGUCGACGUCUCUGCCAGAUUGCCUCCGAGACAGAAGCUGAACGAUAUUUCAUGGCAGGCCGACGAGCGCCGCAAUUGA